AUGGCGCUGAGGGAUCACAAUUACGUCAUCCCAGCCAAUCAUGAAGAAGAAGAAGAAGUUGGUGCUCCAAACAUCUACCUGCAAGAUCAUACCUACGCCCAACAGUUGCCUGCAGUUCAGAUUCAGGCCCAGCCAGAAGAAGAUAGAGAAGCAUUAGAAGAUGGACCAGCACCUGAUGAAGAAGAAGAAGAAGAUGAAGCAGGAGAACAAGAAGAGAUGGAAAGCAGAAGAACAAGAAGAUGGAGCAGUAGAACAAGAAGAUGGAGCAGUAGAACUUGUUAUGCAUGCUGA